GCCAGUUUGGCGUUAUUUAAUUAAGAUUUUAUUUUAUUGAUACUAAGUCGAAAUUUUACUUGUGGGAUUAAUUUUGAGAUGCAAACGUUUAAAAAAAUAAAGUUAGAUGUAUUUUCGAUCGUAUAAUUUAUAGUAUAUGAGUAAUUCGGUAAAGGUAAAAUGGAGAUGAUGCAACAACGCAUGAUCGUUUUCGUUUCCUUCGUUCUGCGUAUGCCACUAUUCCGCUGUUUUUAAGAAUGUCGCCUAGUCGCCAUUGUUAUUCACGGAAUAAACGAAAAAAGUGAUUUUUUGCUAUUUCUGCUUUUUCUUUCUUCGCGAAGUUGUUUUUUUGCGCAUCGAUGGUUCGGUAAAACGUACGCGGAGAGCCAUGUAAUGUGCGUUUAAAGUGGUGCAACGUUAGACGAGUUUUCCCUAUUAGCAAGCUUCGUAAUAAAACGUUUCGUAAGCUUCUAUUCGUCACGUGGGAGUGUGCCGUUUUACUACGAUCGAGUUCAAUUGAGAAGCGGCGGAGCAAAUUCGAAAAAUGCUAAACUGUAAAAGUGCCCGUUGAAUUAUCCAGGUGUUUCGGCUGGCGAUUAGCGCGAACCCGUUGCAGUGAAAAAAAAAAUAAAUCGUUGUUUUUGUUAUGGAACUAGCCGGUGACUUGUUCCAUAUUUAAAUACCGAUAAUUAUUUAUGGAAUUUCGGCCUUAUUUAUUGAUCAAGUGUUCUGUACGUAACAUAAUUUUCUGAUGAAUGUUGUUGACAUGAUAGAUUUUGAAUUUAAAAACACUGGAUGAAUGGGAUUGCGUACGGCCUCGGUGAGGCAUCCCCAUGUGGAGGUCAUGGCCCCAGCUUUAACAGAGACGGUUCAAACGCAAAAUUUUGAUUUGCCCCCAAAGUCCUGCCUAGAACCAUCGUUUUUAGUGACUAGUUACAGGAAGAGCAAGCCCAUCGAGCAGGAUUACUUGAAAGAUAGCGACAAAAAUGCUGGUACGGUUCAAUUAGAAGGUAACGCUUUAACAUCCCCUGCUGAUACGAAACAUUGCAAUUCCGGUAACAAAACAAACAGUGCCUCGGACAACAAUAACACAUCCAACAUCAAUAUAAUGAGUAUUAGCCCAUCAUCUAUGGGCGACCAAGGAAACAAAAUGGGCGUUCAGAAAACAGGAUUGGAUAUUUCCACUUUGCACAAAGAUGCCAAGAAAUCAACGGACAUGGAACAACUGCUACACCAUUUCACGGUGUCCCCCGAAGACCUAGAAACCAACGUCGAAGACAUCAUGCAAGUCAUCAAAUCGAUCGAAGGCACCGAACGAAUCAACAACACUUCUAAUGAUCUAAACAGCGAAUCGUACGAAAUAUUCCCGCACGGCACCGAUCUGACCAACAAUCUCUCCUCGUUCGAGAAGGAGUUCCUCGAGAACGUCGACAUGAUGAGCAUGGCCAUGGAGGACCAGCCAGACGAGCUCGACACGGCGGGCACGCAGAAAGAAUCUCAAGCCAAGGAAAUCAUCAACGUGUUGCACUCGAAGCACGGCAAAGUGGCCAGGCGGUUGGAUUUUCUCAAGCGGCGGCUGUACAAGCUCCAAUCGAGGCUCGUCGGCCAGCACAUCAGCAGCGAAAUGGCCGGCGUGUUCGAAAACGUCCAGAGAUCUCUGAAGAAACCAAAGGAAUCCCACGAGGACACCAUGACGAUGUUCACCAAAAACCUAUCGCCCAACGACAAAAUCAAACCUCUAUCAUACAGUUCGGUGAAAACUUUAGUGCGAAAGUUGGAAAUGACUAGCGUGUUACAGGCCAGUACGGUGGCGAGGCAGAAGAAUACCCCCAGGUACUUCGGCUCGGGCUCCGUGGAAAUACCCGUGCCAAGGACUAAUUCCUCAGGUGUCGUUACCAUCAUCCCGUGGUCCAUGGACGCGAAAAGUGAAUUGCAGAAGCUCUCUGCCCAACUAAAGACUCAGACCAGCAUCGCCCAGAAGGAGGUCGAUUCCGAGGCCACCGAGAGCAGCUCGGGCGGCGAAAGCUGCGACGAAAUGCAAAACUAUUCCAAUCCCCACCAACAGUAUCUCAGCAUACAAAAGCGGGCAUUGUGGAAAUAUUCGACGGACCGAGCGAUGGUAGCGGCCCGAUGGACGUGGCUGCAGGCCCAAAUAGCCGAUUUGGAGUACCGCAUUCGCCAGCACACGGACCUGCACAAGCAGAUCCGCAUGAACAAGGGCUCGAUUCAAUUGGGCGGCGCCAGCCCGCCCCAAGCUCCGUCGCCUCAAGCCGCCCUCAACGGUUACAGGGGCCAGUUGCCCGGCAGUUCGCCUCUCUCGUCGAAGGCGGCGGAGGGCGCGAGCGCCGACGCCGUCGACUACCAGUGCGCGCGGACGAGGCCGUUGGCGAAGCUGCGCAAGAGGAAGCUGUUGCAGAUAUCGGGGCUGCACGCGGUGUCCAGGAAGGCGGCGAGGCCGAGCACGGUGCGAUGCGGUUGCGUGCCGCUGUCGAAUCCGUGCGCCCUGUGCACCGGACGGACCGAUCCCACCCAUCCGAGGGACCCGCCCGAUACGUUUAGCCGAUCGGAGAAAAUCGCCUUGUUAGAUCCCGGAUUCCAUCCGGUGUUUUCGCUACCCGAAGAUACCUCUCAAAGCAUUCACCUGGACGCCAUGAUGAAGGCGCAGGAGUGGCAACAGCGCAGCACGCGAAUGAAAACGUUCAAAGCGUUGUCGAAGUCCGAGAGGAACGAGGCCAACUCGUUGGAGCACCGAACAAAAAAACUGGAACAUCGGAAGAAGUACGGCAGAUUGAAGACCAGCACUUUAACGGCUCUAUCUACGAAGAUCAGGAAUAAAAUUCGAGGGCGAAAACCCGGCAGGCCGUCUUCGUUGAGCCGGGUGCACCGUAAGCGCCACUCUGGCGCCGAUUUGCUGCAAUCGGUGAAUCCCGCGACGGAUUCCGCGGUGGACGAGGAGGUCGAGUCUAUAGGUAACAACAGUAAUCCCGGUGGAACGCGUUCUUUGGAUUCUCUGAGUUCGUCGCCGUUGUUGCAUAUGCACUCGAUACCCGGGUACAAUAAGAGGAGCAGCCGUUUCCAAUCGUACGAUAUCGAUAAUAUUGUGAUACCGUACAGCGUGGCGGCGGCGACCAGAGUAGAAAAAUUACAGUACAAAGAAAUUUUAACUCCGAAAUGGAGAGUUAUUGAUUCCGAUUAUGGUAACCAAUUCGAUACCAAAAAUAACGGCGCCGUUAAGGAACAGGAUUCCGAUAAUGAAACGGAAGACGUAUCCGACGAGGCGGUGAUAGCGCGCCACGAUCGCAGCGAGUACGAGGAGAAGAAGCGCUUCCUGAGCUACUUGAAGCUGCCGUUGGGCUACGGGCGGUCGCGGUCGCACAAGCGCACCGACAGCCGGGCCGAAUCGAGCGGCGGCAACACGCCCGAUCCGUUGUCGCCGCACGAUCCCGAUCACCACGACUCGCCGAUGACGUCGCCGCCGACGACGCCGCUGUCGGUCAACGAGACGGUCGAACACCCGACGGCGGCGCUACCUCAAUUGCCCUCCAUCGCGGUGAUGCGACGGAGGACGAUGUCCCAGUCGAAGCUCGGUGUAGGCGGCGGCGGCGGGAAGGACAGGGAGAUUGUCAGAGAUGAAUCGAGAGCUACCACGCCGGAUAUCAUCGAGGUACCGCCGUACGAUAAGAGGACGUUUCCCAUCAGCGACGAGCUGUACGAGAAGAUGUUGAAGCACAUGCCGGAGGAUCACCAGUUUCAGACGAACAUUCGAUCGCAGGAUUCGUUCGACGAGGACAAUAGGGAUAUGUACGAUAAUUAUUUGGAUCGUAAGCUCGGUUCGCCCGAUUCCGAGUCGACGGAAUCGGCGAUCGGCGACGGCGAAGAGGACCCCAACGAUCCCGAAUGGAUUGAAAUGGAAAGACUUAGUAGGGAUCGUUAUAAAAGAUAAAGGAUUCGUUUCGUUUAGUUUUUUUUAUAGUUCAACCCCACAAUCCAAGUGAGAAUGUGUACUCUAGUUCAAAGUUUCCUCGACAUUAUAUGAGACCGAACUGGAGCUUCCAGAAAACCAGUUGUAUAAUUAAUUUUAUGUUCUUUUCUACGAAUUUUUAAGCAGGUUACUGUACUAGUAUUGGCAUAGUAUUGAUACAAUGUUGCCGGCAGAAAUAGUUUGGUCUGCUGCACUUGAUUUCUUUAACUGUGAAAUUGUUGAAUAGUACUCUUCAUAAGAGUAAUGUGUAUCAUAAAGUGUUAUUUUGUAUUCGUUAAUUUGGUUAAACUAAUUUUACAUAAUAUGCCACAAAGUUUCUUGGAAGAUGUUAUUACUUGUAAAUUAUAUUGAAUAAAGUAAGUAAAAGAAAAAUUAUUUAUUUUCAAAUGCUUAAUGUUGACAUGAGAGUUAAGUUACCUACUCUGACUUGUAGUUGGUACGUAAAUUUUUAUAUCCAAAUAUGUUUUAAUAUUAAUGAAUAAUUAAAAAUGUAACUCGUCUACUGUUCGUUUUCUUUUUUUUUUUUCGCCUCACGAUCUCACAUAUUAUGAUAAGUUACACACUGUAAAUAAUUUCAAAUUAAAUAAGUAACGAUGUAGAUUUUUUUUGUAUUAUUCCUUUGAAAAUCUAAUUUACAAGGAAUACCGAGGUAUAUGUGAUAAUUGUUUUGUGACAUAUUGCUCUUAGUCCGUUGAAUUAAUGUGCGUACAUUGUAAUAUUUUGCUUUUUGAAAGUAGAACAGUAUUGAAUUGUUCAACUACUUUAGAACUCUCAUUUUUUUUGGUCGGAGGAGGAGUGAAAUGACUUCAGCCUUCUACUAAGGAACAUUUUGAAUUCAUAAUAAGCAUAAACGAAUAUUUUAAAAUAUAAA